AUGCCUUCGUUCCGCUCUUUGCUCCAAACGAAAACGCCCCUGAUCGGGACCUUUGUCAGCUUCAAUGACCCGUACAGCGCCCAAAUACUGGCACAAUGCGGCUUCGACUGGUUGAUGAUCGAUAUGGAACAUUCGCCGCUCUCUGCGCAGGAAAUCACAGCCAUGGUACAUUCCACCGCUGCGGCUUCCGCGGGAAACUGUGCGCCAAUCGUCCGAAUCCCGUCCCACGGCGUCGAAUGGAUCAAAUGGGCGUUGGACAGUGGUGCCAGUGGAAUCAUUGUCCCAAUGGUCAACACCAAGCAGGAAGUUGAUGGAGUCAUCAAACGAGCGCUGUAUCCUCCAGCUGGGCAAAGAAGCUACGGUCCUUUUCGAACACCGUUUGCUGAGACUCCCGCCCUGCCAGACGUGGCCGACUACAAGCGGAAACGGUCACCCGAGGUUGUCAUAUUACCAAUGAUAGAGUCGAAAGAGGCAGUAGAGAAUGCCGAAGACAUCAUUGGAACGGAAGGUGUAGACGGAGUCUUCAUCGGGCCUGUUGAUCUGAGGCACUCACUUGGCUUCGAGGGCGCAACCGGGGAAGAACCAGAAUACAUCGCAGCCUUGCAGAAAGUGCUUCAACUGGGCAAGCGGUUUGCAAAGCCAAUCGGCAUUCUCGGCUCACAGGCCGCAAUUCCGCGUCUCGUGCAUAUGGGAUUCAGCUUCAUCAUGUUACCAGGGGGAGAUGCAGGUAUCCUAGCAGAAGCAGCUUCAGCACUGCUCAAGGCAUCAAGAAAGUCCAUUAGCUAG